GACAUCUUCUCUUCAAUUCUGAAUUGUGAACGAUAAAUCACAGCUAUACUCCGUCAAAAUCCAAACAACAAUCGCUAUUUACGUACGAACCACACCAAACCAUCAAGCACAAUGCUCUCCAUACUGCGACUCCCGCGACCCAUCCACAUCCUCCUCGCGCUACUCUCCCUAACCACGCUCGCAUCCGCCCAAUUCGGCUUCUUCGACCAAAUGUUCGGCGGACAACAGCAACAGCAACAACAGCGCCAACAGCAAAACAGUCCCAGCGACUCCUCCAUCUAUCAAACCAACUUCAACCGCCUGCACUGCGAGAACUACCUGUGCCCAGACACUCUAGCAUGCGUCCACUUCCCCCACCACUGCCCCUGCGCCUGGCCCGCGAACGAGGACAAAUUCGAGAUGGGCGAGGGCCACCGGAUAUGCGUGUCGAAGGGCGGAUUCAAGCAAGGCGAGGCCGCGCGCAAGGUCGAGUUAGCUAGGAAGGGAUUGCUAUAAGCCGUUAACUUGACGAUACUUGCGGGAUUGAUGGGCGUUCGUCGGUUAUAGAGGAGAGUUGGGAAUUAUAUGGGUUCGAUGGCUGUUGAGGUAUUGGACUGGUAGACAGACUAGUCGAUGGGGAGGUAGACAGGUUUCUGUAUAGAUACGAUUGGAACCUACGCUCCUCGUGGCGCCUAGGGACUCUAUCUAGGACCCUAUUAGAUACUAGAUGGAAUCUACUGUUCGGGCGACAGCAGAACACCACGCCUACACUCCACCACAAAACCUAC